GCAUGCAUAUAUAAGCGUUCAUCGCGAACUUGUAUUUUUUCUGCGGUGUGUUCAUUAUAACAAUUCCACAAUAAAAGUAGGACGGGUAAUUUGGAAGAGCUUUGCGUGGCUGAAUGUGCAUCUGAAUCAAGAAAUUAGCUGGUAUUCCGGCGAACGGCAGUUCAAAGUGAUCCAUCAUGGAGAUUGAUGAAUGUUUUGUAAAUGGUGAUUCCGGAGCUGAAGAAGAUGAAGAUGACGAACUAUCGCAGAACUCUGCGACAGAAAGUAGUACAAACAGUACCGCAAGCAGUACAACCACUGAUAGCGGUGAAGAGAGUGCAGAAGAGCAGGCCACUACAACCUCAGAUAGUCAAAGUUCAGUUGAUGAAGUUGAUGAAGAAAUUGAAACUGUUGAACAUCCUGAAGAGGCAAGUUUGCUAUCUUUAAUUAAUUAUAGAUGGGAAACAUGUGUGGCAGGAGGAACGAAAGUUAAACUUCCCCAGGACUUAUGCGAGGACCCUUUCAUUUUCAAAGAGAUGCUUGACUAUCCAAGAUUCUGGGAAGAAUGUUUGACAGAGAGUCAACGAGAGUCAUUGUACAGUUACUUGCCGACCUUUUCAAAAGAUUGUAAUAUAGAAGCUGAGUUAGACAAAACUUUAGAUAUGUUAUUUUCUAAGGAACUUCAUAGGUUUGGAGUAAACCCCCUAGAGGAUUUUCAUAAGCACCUUUCAGCAGGGCAUUUUAGGCCUGAUAUCAAAAGGAUGCGAACACUAGUUAAAAAAGCACAAAGAAGAAAAUACAUAUUUGAAGAGCGUAAACGGACCUAUGAAUUAGCUAAUGAUCUCCUCAAGUCAAGAGAAACCCUGCUAUCUAACGCUUAUAAGCAAGGAUUUAGUCAGUCGUCACAUCGGACGAUUCCUAAGCUACAGUGGAAAAAGCCUAAGCCUGAUCAGUUGGAGGAACGAGCGCAUCAACGUUACUUGGAGGAAAUAGCCGCAAUAAACGCCGAGGUAGGCACGUCGUCGCGAUUAGAUUGCACAGAUUCUGAUACCGAUGAUGACGAUGGCAGUAGUUGUCUUAUGACACCUGCACAAGCUAGUACAGGUGGUAAGUUGCAGCAGCAACUGCAAUUACUCCAACAGCAGCGUAGGAAAAAACGGGCUGCACUGGCAGCUCAACAACAGCAACAACAACAGCAACAGGUUAUUGCUGACAGAAUGUUGCUACAGAGUCCUGAUGGUGAAAUAAUAAGGCCAGUGCACUCGACAUUGUCGAGGCUUGGAUCAGAAUAUACAUCCAUUGGUACAUCAAUGCCUAUCAAAGCGGAGUUGAGCGACGAGAGGUAUAAAUCGAUGCUAAUCGAGCAUAAGAAACGAAGAGCAAGGCGAGAUAACCAUCCAGAGAUGAACACACAAGGUAUAACGUUGGCAGAUGUUAUGCAAAGAGCACAGUUCAGUCAAAAACAUAAACUGACGAUAUCAUCACGCGUCCCUAGUACAAAGAAACGUAUAAAGAUUGAACCGACGCAACAGCAGCAGCAGCAGCAACAGCAGCAGCAACAACAGCAGCAACAGCAGCAACAACAACAGCAACAACAACAACAAUUAUCACCACUACCGCCGCCACAGCCACAACCGCCCCCAAUACAGUCAUCUAUAUUACAACAACAUCAAUUACAGCAACAAUUAAAACAGCAACAACAGCAAUUGCAACACUAUCAGCAGCAAAUGCAGCACCAAAUGUAUCUAUCUCAACAACAGCAACAGAUACAGCAGCCACCAUCACCUAUAAAAAUGAGCGUAUCGCCGGUAAAACUUGAGAGCGAUACAAAUAGUUUAACAAGUACCGAGUACUCGAUACACAGUGUGGACGAUUUGAAACACAGUAUGAUAGAACAGCCAGAUCAUAAAUUACCCGACUGUUUGCUGGCUGCCGAGGAGGAAAUGGAUGUUAAGGAAGAACCUAUAGAAACUAUCGAACCUGCCGAGAACAAGUACGAGAUCGAACCGCCGUCUGCUCAGCUUCCACCCGAUAUUAUGGAUGAGGGCCCUGACGUUGAUUUCGAAGACGAAACAGAAUUCUCUCCUUACCCGCAGCAAGAAAUUAAGGAGGAAAUCGAAGACAUGGAAGUGGAAAUCAAAACUGAAGAAAUUGUACCUGAUAUUACUCAGAGCAUUACUGUUAAUCAAGUAAUUCCCGUGCCAGUCUCCAUUCCAGAAACGGAUGAGGAUUUAGACAAAAAAGACGAGUUAGAUUUGGAUAGUAUCGAUAUGAUGCAAUUGCCUAUUCAGUUGGAUGACGGCAUUGAUAUUCUUGCCGAUGUGAAGACUGACGACAAUGUGAUAACGAUACCAGAGAAAGACGUUGCCGAUUCCAUCGUAGAAGACAUCGUGAUAAACGGUGAUGAGCUCAUGCAAGAGACUUACAUGUGUUUCUUUUCGCUGUUGAGAGAUGCAUUCUUGUCGAAAGGCGAGUAUAGAAUGAACCAGUCAGAAAUGAAGGACGCUGUCGUGGUAUGGCAAGAUAAUCCGAUUUCGCCACUGAACGAUUGGUAUGCAUUGGUUCCUUCGUGGCCUGCAUUAGUUCCUCUUGCUCUGGGUUUCCUAGCUGGUGAGCUAGUCUACCCACAAGAUCAGUUGUUGGAUGGCGAUCAAGAGCUUGUACCCUACCUUGAGAAUAAAGGUCACGGUGUGUAUGCUUGGAUCGGUGCCGGACGAGACUCUGACUCCCGGUUAUCUAUGCUAUGCACCAAAUUUUUACUUUACAAAGACUCACUGGUCGCACCAAAACCGCCGCAACCAGCAAUAACACCUUCCCACAAACAACUAACUCAGCAAGUUCAGCAGUCAAGUCUAUUGACAGUAAAUAACUUGGAGAACACCAACGCAGCCACGGAUAUUCUUAAUGUGACAGAUGGUCUUUCAGCCGAUCCAAGUUCGCCUGAGUGGGAACCACCGAAAGCACUGUGUCCUACUACGUGGAAGGUGCAACCUUCGACACCAGAGGAACGCGAAGAGUUUCGGAGACAAGAACGAAUGCGCUAUGCUGCUCCGCAUAAAGCAUUUACAUACAGGAUGCACGGAUACUCAUCAGUCGUGGGACCUGUCAAAGGCAUUUAUCAGCACAAUGCUGGUUCUGGCUUGACGAAAGCUAGAGGUCAUUCGUUAUUAGUGCCCGACAGGCCUAAUUUCGUCACGAUCUUAGCUCUCGUGAGAGAUGCAACAGCGAGGUUACCAAAUGGCGAAGGAACACGCUCUGAUAUCUGCCAGUUACUGAAAGAUUCGCAGUACAUUCAGGAGGACAUUUUCAACAGCGACAAAGAAGCCAAUCUUAACUCUGUCGUUUCUGGUGCUCUCGAUAGGUUGCAUUAUGAGAAUGAUCCUUGUGUCAGGUAUUAUCCAAAACGAAAAGAGUGGCUUUAUUUGCAUCGAGCUCGAUCAGAGUCAGAGUUUGAAAUGUACCAUCAACAACUGCAAGGAGUGCCAAAGAAUAAAAAGAGCUCGAGCGGCUCAUCAAGGAGUAAAGGACAAUCUGCUCUAAAAACUAUCAAUGCAAAAGAUACCAUGACUACAAGUGUGAAGGAGCCAACGCCAAAGAAGGAAAAGAAAACCGCUACGCCGGUCUUAAAAAAAGAGCAAACCAAAAAAGAUCGAAGCGGAAAAAAUAAUGUCUGUCGAGCCGAACAUUACAGCCGCCGAGCAACUUUCUACGUCCGUUCAACAACAAUUACAACAGCAACAGACGCAACACAAAUCUCAAAAAAUUCAGCAGCAAUCAGUUACUCUCCCACAAAUCUCGCAAAUAGUAGCUAUUACAACUGCUUCAACACCUAUCAACAUAACCGCACCAACUAUGGUAAGCGUCGUAACUACAACUAUGGUAACGACCAUACCCUCGACACCACUGCCUUCACUAGCCACAACGUACCAGUAAUCGAAAAGGAGUGUCCGAUUAUUUCCUCUGUAAUUGAGUCGAAGAAUCAAAUUACCAUGACUGCACCAAGAGAGCUGAGUAGUAUGACGAGUCUUAGCAACGCUCUCUCGUCGCCGACAACCGUGAAAAAGUUAACUGCGAAUGUCAAGCCCGUAGGAGUAGUAAAAUCUAGCAACACCCAAAGCCUCCUGCAAUCGAAUCAGCAACACUACCCACAUCAUCAAAUUCAAGUUUCAACCUCGGCAGGCCUACAAACAAUCAGACUAUCGGGUCACUCAGUAUUACAAUCGGCGCAGCCUGUAUCAACGGCUACAGCAACAAGUGUCGCGACUAUUUUCCCAACGACGUCGACGAAGGUGCAGCAGCAGCAGACGGUGCUUAGCACACAGGCUGGCAAGAGCGUACUGCAGACAUCGAAUUUGAAGCAGCAACAGCAGCAAACGCACGUCAUGCCUGGCAAAACUUUGUUGGCCUCACAAAUUAAAUUAGUGAGUUCUGGGCAGAUAAAGUCGCUGCUUACGGGUCACGGCUUACAAGGUCAAACGAUAUUCAUCAAGCAAUCUCCCACGGCCUCAACUUCACAAACUUCAAACCAACAAACUCAGCAAGUUCAGUCGCAGGUACAGCAACGGGUCGUGGCGGCAGCACAGCAACAGCCAACGGUUCAAAACACCGGAAUGCAGAGAAUAAUUGCGCAAAUAGGCGGUAAACCAGUAGCUGUACAGAUUCAACAAUCGCCGCAGCAGCAACAGCAGCAGCAACAACAAAAAGUACUAGCUAAGGUUCUAACGAGUGCAGGAACGGGACAAUUGAUUUCGGUAG